UGACAUUCAUUCUGAAAAGACGAGAAGACUGCGAAAAGUCAUCAAGACAACCACUCUAUAAGAAAUUCCAUCCAAAGAAACACCGCAAAAAUGGUCAAGGCAGUUGCGGUUCUCCGAGGUGACUCGAACGUCAAGGGCACCGUGACCUUCGAGCAAGACGCUGAGAGCUCCCCAACUACCGUAUCAUGGGAUAUUACCGGCCAUGAUGCCAACGCUGAGCGUGGCAUGCACGUGCACGCCUUUGGCGACAACACCAACGGCUGCACCAGCGCUGGACCACACUUCAACCCACACAACAAGACCCACGGUGCUCCAGAGGACACUGAGCGCCAUGUUGGCGACCUUGGCAACUUCAAGACCGAUGGACAGGGCAACGCAAAGGGCUCGGUACAGGACAAGCUCAUCAAGCUGAUCGGCCCAGAGAGUGUGCUUGGCCGCACAAUCGUUGUUCACGCCGGCACCGACGAUCUUGGAAAGGGUGGUCACGAGGAUAGCAAGAAGACUGGUAACGCUGGUGGCCGUCCAGCUUGCGGUGUCAUUGGCAUUGCCGCAUAAUGGGUUGAAGAAUGUAUGAUGAUACGAAGGAGACGAAGAGUGGUCAAAAGCGUGCUGCGAUGUAGAUGAUAUGCUGUAGCAUACGCAAAAUUACUACGCUUGAGUACGUCAAUAUCCUUCAAGUCCCUCAUUCCCUCCUAAUAGAUGGGUCUUCUUUUCAGCUCAACAAGCUGUAGCAAGCCAACGACAUGAUGCCAAG